UGCAGGGAAGGCCGGACUCUGGUCCCGGCGGGACUCUGCGGGGCUCCUGUACCGCCGGAGAGCCGCCCGGUCACGGAGAUGAGGCGGGGGGCAGCUCCCUGGCUGGCAAAUGGGGACUUGUACCCCCCCGCUACAUCCUGCCGGCUCGGCCGGCGGGACUGACCGCCAGCACAGCUCGGAAAGGUUGGACUGGGGUGGUGCCAGGCCCAGCUCCUGACCGAGCCGGCGGGUGAGCCAGGGAGCGUGGGGCAGAGACGGAGAGCGGGACAGGCCGUGCCCUUCGGCAGCCAGCGGUGACUGCAGUGAGUGGGGAACCGGGGGUUGAAUGGACCAAACAACAGAACUGCAGGAAAAAAAAAGUAUUUCCCACCUGUGUGCAAACAGGUAUUUGCACCAAGAAGUAGCAUGAAGGGACUGUUCUUGGCAGGGACUUCACAUCAGUAGCUGCUCUCCUUUCUUAAUAAUGACAGUUAGUGAAAUCAUUGUUCCAGCCAUGGCCCAUUAGUCUUAUCUGCUUCCCUAAGAACACUAAUGGUUAAUGUUUUAUUCCUUCAGUGUUCUUCUUGUGCCAGUAUCCCCAAAACAGGUCUUUAGGGUGAGGAGCUGCUUGGGUAAAGACUGUAGCUGUCAGACUGCUUAUGCAUAAGAUAAAGGCAGGUUUCCAUAGGGGCAGUUCAUCUCUCUGCUGGGGGUAAGGAAGGUGGUAAGAAGAGGAUCCUUGGGCUCUUAGAGCACCAACCCUUUUGCUAGGAGACCAGAAGAGCUGCAAACCACUGCCAUUUUCAUGCUGCCCUGAGGAGAAUCCACUGGCUGUGGUCAGCUGGUGCUUAGCCACAGUGGCUUGUAGCACCAAGUGUCCUGUGAGUCUCAGCACUGACUAGAUCAGCUGAUAGUAACAAGGAACACAUGUGGAAGCCAGCAACUGAUUUCACAACAAUGAGAUGCCUCACCCACCAGCUGCUCAGGAGGUUGUUGGGUCGCUCACCUCUGUGUGUGCCAGGGCGAUUGAGUCAAAGUAAAGGUCCUAUCCUCAGUCCAAAGCAGUCACCCUUGCGGCAGAGCUGCAGUGCAAGACCUGGGCUUGUGACUGCCACUGAUGUGGUCAACUACUGGCAGAAGGUGUUUGAGACAAAUGGGAUUCCUGAAGCACGAGAAUCCAGUGAAUAUAUUGUGUCAUUUGUCCUGGGAGCAAAAACAUUUCAGAGCUUGAAUUCCAAAAGCCUCUGCACUCCACUUACAGCAGUGCAUCAGGAGCAAAUCCAGCAGCUGAGCAACAAGCGACUAGAAAGAAUGCCGGUGCAGUAUGUGCUUGGCGAGUGGGAUUUUCAGGACCUGACACUGAAGAUGAGACCCCCAGUAUUUAUUCCUCGGCCUGAAACAGAGGAUCUUGUCUCUUUAGUUUUGGAGGAAGAAUCUCGAAAAUGUGAGAAGAAUUCAGACCUCUGCUUCCCAGUUCCUGUCCCUCAUCCCAUGAUCCUGGAGAUUGGCUGCGGCUCUGGAGCAAUUGCUCUGAGUCUGUUGUGCAAACUGCCACAGAGCCGGGUGAUAGCUGUGGAUAAAGAGGAGGCUGCUGUGAAUCUCACCAGGGAGAAUGCACAUAGGCUGCAACUCCAGGAGAGGAUCCACAUCCUCCACCAUGAUGUUUCAUACAGUUCUGCCAAGCAGCUGCUAUUCUGGGGCCCCAUGGACUUCAUAGUCAGUAACCCCCCAUAUGUCUUCCAUGAAGACAUGGCUUACUUGGACACAGAAAUCCUCCGCUAUGAGGACCUUGAUGCACUGGAUGGGGGAGAUGAUGGGAUGAGAGUAAUCAAAACAAUUCUGGCUCUGGCUCCUUCUCUUCUGAAGGAUUCUGGGAGUGUGUUUCUGGAAGUUGAUCCCAGACACCCAGAUAUGGUGGAGAAGUGGCUACAGGCACACCCCAACUUACUACUUGUUCUCCGUGCCAUUCACAAGGACUUCUGUGGCAAGCCUAGGUUUCUGCACAUCCAGAAACAAAGCAGAUGACAACUAUACCAGAAAUCACUCUUCUUGCAGUAUGCUUUUCACUGGUGAGCCCUGAUGAACAGCUUGUUGAAAACUCUGCGUGGCAAAAGGAAUCUCCAGUUUGUUCCCCAAUGCACUGAAGUCUCCCUGCAGUGGCAGCCCCCCUCGUUUUCUGAUAUAGACUUCAUCCAGAGAUGCAGAAGUUCAGCAGAGCAUGUAGAAGUAUUUCACCUUCCUCGAGGAACUGCAUGCAAUUUUUUAGUUUGCUCUGCUGAAGUGACUCGUUAAUCUCAGGACCCAAUAUGGAAGAGUUCACAGCUCCAGAUAUUUAAAUAAAAAUAUGACUGUCAGAUCAACCAUUUGACCUAGAAAAAAAAUGACUUUUUAUUUUGGCCUUGAGAUAAAUUUAUAUUGAAUAUGAACAGAUUGGAUGAUAGGUCCAAACCCUCGCUUACAUUGGCAUAUGGACUUGCAGGUAUAAUGGGACUAGCUUGCACAUUUCAAAUUCAGUUCUGUUCCAGGUUUCUGAUGCUCUGGAGUAAUCUCCAACAGCAAAACAAACUUUGUUUCCCAGUUCUGCUGAGGGACCUGUUAUUGAAGGAUCAGUGCACAUGUUACACUAUCUCCAUCUCCAGCACCUGACACUUGGUGGAUGCUGCCAGAAACAACUGAAACAUUGUAAUAAAGAUCGUGCUUCA